AUGAGUGACACCUUUCGCGCCCUUCAGCUCUCCAAAACCGACGACGGACAAGCGGCCAACAUUGUUGAGUUGACCGAAAAUGAUCUGAUGGACGGUGAUGUGACGGUCGAGGUCACCCAUUCCACGAUCAACUAUAAAGACGGCCUGGCCCUGACGGGGGCCGCACCUGUGGUGCGCACCUGGCCAAUCAUUCCAGGGAUCGAUUUUGUCGGCACCGUCACAAAGUCAGAGCAUGGCAGCUGGAAAGAGGGCGACAAGGUCAUCCUCAACGGCUGGGGCGUUGGCGAGACACAUUUCGGCGGCUAUUCCCAGUGCGCCCGUGUGAAGGGCGACUGGCUGGUCGCUCUGCCGGACGGUAUUUCUCCUGAACGCGCCAUGGCCAUUGGCACAGCAGGCUACACCUCCAUGCUCUGUGUGCGUGGUUUGGAACGUCAGGGCAUCAUGCCCGAUUCAGGCGAUAUCGUGGUAACCGGCGCUGCUGGUGGCGUGGGCUCUGUGGCCAUUGCACUUCUUGCAAAGCUUGGCUACCGCGUGAUCGCCUCAACAGGCCGUGCAUCUGAAGCUAACUACCUCAAAGGUCUGGGCGCUGCAGAAAUCAUCGACCGGGACGAACUCUCAGGCGAAGGACGUCCUUUGGGCAAAGAACGCUGGGCGGGCGCGGUUGACGCUGUAGGCAGCAAGACACUGGCAAAUGUGAUUGCGCAGACAAAAUAUGGUGGCGCAGUGACAGCAUGUGGAUUGGCACAAGGUCCAGAUCUGCCGUCAUCUGUGAUGCCCUUCAUCCUGCGCGGGGUGCAGCUGAUUGGGAUCGACUCCGUUAUGGCGCCCAUUGAAAAACGGCAGGAUGCGUGGAACCGCCUCGCAACAGAUCUCGAUAUGGCGAAGCUUGAUGCCAUGACCGAGACAGUGGGCUUGAGCGACGUGGCCGAGAUCGCGCCAAAAAUCCUCGCAGGCCAGGUGCGCGGACGCGUCGUCGUCGACGUCAACGCCUAA